CCUUCCACUGGGUGAAUCCUCUCUCCAUGAGGUACCUCCGCAACAGACGCGCACAUCAUACCAACAUUGUAAAGGCCGAGUUUUGCGAGGAAGAGGUAGCGUGGAGGAGCUAUUACAAUGCCAAGGGAAAGAUAAACCGCAAGGCCACGGUUCUUGAGGUGCCAACCCCGGCCCUGUCCCAUGAGGCCGAGCUGGAGGAGGUGGAGGUGGUGAGGAGGAGCUACCACAAUGCCAAGGCGAAGAGUAACCGCAAAGCCCAGAUCCUGGAGGCGCCCUGCACCGCCACCAGCCCGUCGCCGAUGUCCUCCGAGGACGAGCAGUCGGGCGAGGACAACGCAGAGGAACCCGAAGGCAAGCAGGGCGAAGGGACGUCGGCGACGGAAGAAAAGCCCGACGCCUGUUUGGCCGGAGAUCUCCCUGAGGACAAGGGCGUCUCGGAGGCGUGUGAGCGAGUUGAGAAACUGGACUUGGAGGAGGGCGAGCCGGAGACUGUGACGGAAAGGCUGUGAGGUCGAGAUUCGUAGACUUCGGUGCAGUUUUACGAGAGAUUAAUUGGUAGACCGUUUUCUUCCAUGGUGUAAUGAGAUUAUAAUGUAGACCGGUGUGCUUUAAUCAAGUUGGAUGUCCCUCUGGAACAGUGACAGCUUCCUGCAUUUAUUUUCAACUUAGGAUUUCAGUGAAUUACCAGGUCAUGUGGCAUAGGUCAUAUCACAGGAGUACUUUGUAAAUUACCAUUACAAGAUUAUAACUUCAAGAUGUAGAAGUAAGAGCCAUCCCACAAUAACAAAAUCUGAACAUUCUAAAAUACUAGUCUUAACAUAAUUGAAAAGCUGAUUUGCAUUCCUCAGUGGUGCUGCUCGUGCCUCCAGUACGUUAGUAGGUAUCUAUUAUUAUUUAAGUGGGUGCUGUGGGACAAAACGUCGCAGUGUAUGUAUGAGUAUCUCUGUAAGAGAGACAGAUACAGAGAGCGAGAGAGAGAGAGGGGGGGGGUACAGGGAACGAGAGAGAGAGAGAGAGAGAGAGAGAGAGAGAGAGAGAGAGAGAGAGAGAGAGAGAGAGAGA